AUGCCUCCAGUAAGUUCUCUAGUUCCAACUAUGACACCCAAAUCGCCUUCUCCGGCAACCCACUCCCCGGUCCCGAUCAUGAAGAUGGACGAUGGUGAUUCAGUCUUCAAGUUUGAUCGGUCGGGUCCAUUCUUCUUCAUCAGUGGAAACAAAGAUAAUUGCCAAAAGGGUCAGAAGCUCAUCGUUGUUGUUCUGGCAGUCAGAAACCAACACAAAUCUCCCCCGGUGGCCAUAUCUCCGGCGUCGGUGGGUCAAACUCCGGCAUCGUCACCGUCACCAACAAAGUCCUCCCCUUUGCCAGCCCCAGCUACAACACCAUCUCCAAUUUCUCACACUCCGUCGUCAACGUCACCGUCACCCACAGGAUCCUCCCCUUCGUUGGCCCCAGCCACAACACUCAUACUGUCACCAUCUUUAAUUCUCACACUCCGCUGGCAACGUCACCCAUCUCUCCAUCUCCGGUGA